AUGUCUAUCUGUUCGAAAGGCCAAAUCGCCUUUUCCAUUUCUCUAUUGUUCACGCAUGUGAUUGCUCUCAAGAUCUGGGAUUCUCCAGCGAAGCUUGGAACUGCUAUUCCCGCGGGCUGUCGAGCCGCUUUGUCGAGCGAGAUCGCAUGUCCGGGUCUGAUCACCGCGACUGAUAUUGUGAACUCGGUGCCAUUCAAUGAGACUGAUCUCGAGUCGUAUUGCCAGUCUGGUUGCCGAAGUGCUAUUCAGAACUGGGCCUCCCUAGUAGGAACCAAGUGCGGCGAUACCGAGUACAAGUUUGGCAAUGUGACCAAACAAUCUGGUAAUGACAUUGCGCUUCCCUUUCUCUGGGCACAGAAUAUGGCGUGUCUGGAAAACUCUAUCUGUACUAGCUCCGAUGGGAACCUAUGUUUGCCAACCGUAACCAACCACACGAUUAAGCCAUGUGAGGACUGCACAUUGCAGUAUGUUGCCGGUAUGCUGAAUUCAACAUACGGACGGCAGCGUGUCUCGGAUAAGGCCUACUCCUCUUUGCUAUCGUCAUGCAGCGCCUCUCCAACAAACUACCCGCAUGGGACAGUCUCAUUCCCCCCAGUGCCCUCCUCAACAUCCAAUUCAACAGCCAAAUGUCUAGGCAAGGAUUACACCGUUGUCAAGGGUGAUACAUGCGAGUCGAUUGCCAGUGCUAACAAGGUCGCUUACUACCGCCUAUUGAGCGACAACAGUCUGGAUCUGAAAUGUGCCAGUCUGAUACCUGGAAUGAACCUAUGCAUCGGUGACAGCUGCACCCUCCAUACAGUAUCUGCCAAUGAGACCUGCAAGUCCAUUCUUGCCGGAAAGGACUUCACUAUCGUUGAGCUUUUGGGCUGGAACCCCAUCAUCCACAGUAACUGCGAUAAUCUCAACUCUCUCAAGGGCCACACAAUUUGUCUGUCACCUCCUGACUCUAAGGAAUGGGAUAUCCCGCUCACAGUGACUUACAAUGACACAUUCACCCUGCCGUCCGGAAAUUGGGGCUCUCUCCCGUCUGCCAGAGAUGCCCCUAACGCUACACAAACUGAUCCUUAUGCCUUUGGUACUAUUCCCAGGGUUACAGGCACUGCUGCUCUGGUUACUUCCACGCCAGGUGCUUCGGGGCCUGCUAGUGGGUCGGCAGUGCGCAGUUCCACCAAAGGCGCUGUGACUGGCGCAUGA